UUCCACACUGCUUCUUCUUUCUCUCCAGCACUCUGCUUUGUCACCCUAAUUCUCCUCCCCCUACUCUUGAACUCCUCUUUUUCUCUCAAUCUGUCACUUGUGGUUGGACCGUGAUUCUUGAUCAGGGAGUAUAAAAUGCUAUUAAUGACUGACAGGAGUACAAACUUCACCACACCCAAGCUUGCAUAAGCCAAAUAUUUUCCAGAUAAACAACUUCCAUAGGCUUCACACUUCUCUCGAGUACACUGUACGGGGGUGAAGAGAGGAAAUUCAACAUGAGGAGUACUGGGAUUAACCGUGUCAUGUUUGUGGCGACCCUGGCGUUCCUGCAUGAUUGUGUGAGAGGAGAUGCUGAGGUGACCUGUGUUGUAAUGGAGAGCUGCGUCUUACCAUGUAAAUUCCAUGCUGGCAAUGAUAUACUAAUCCACUGGAUUGACAUGACCACAGGCAACAUUGUUCACUCCUACUACUAUGACAAAGACCAGUUUAAAAAACAGGACCAGCGCUUCAGGAACAGGACAUCAUUGUUCAAGGAGCAGAUUUCCAGAGGAAAUGCUUCGCUCCGGCUGACAUGGGUGGAGACUGGGGACCAGGGCAAAUACAAAUGUCACUCCAGUACACCCGAAAAAGAAGCAACUUCAUUUGUGAAUCUAAAAGUGGAAGAUGCAGCUCCAGUGACCUCGACAUCGGUCCUCCUCAAUUCUACCCAACUCAACUUUACAAAAAAUGAAAAUCAAGACGUCUCAGAAAAUGAACAUAAUAACUUAAUAAUCGGAGUGGUUUCAGGAGUUUUGGUUGCAGUACUUGGAGGCCUGAUAGGAUACUGUCUAUAUCGACAUAAAAUAUGUUGUAACAAAAACCCUCAGAGUCCACCAGCUGUAGAGCUGGUGGAGAAAAGAGAGCCAAAUGGUGAGACUGAUCUACUGAACAAUCAAGAACAAUGAAGAAUGAAAUGAUAUAUUUUUAGACUACAAUAUACUUUGCAGAGAUUUGAUGGUUUGAAAGACUCCGGCUCAUGAAGUACAGUAUCAGUGUCCUGAUGUUCUGCUAAAGAAAAAAGUAAUAGUUCAUAGUAAUAAUAAUCAUAAUAUAAUAAAAUAGACUCACAGAGGUUAGUGGACUGGAACAGAGGCAACUCUGGUUUCCUUUACAUUUGCAGCUUUGCUACCACCUGGUGGUUAUGUUUGAUUUACUACGGUGCUAAAGAAUAGAAAUGAAGAUAAAAACACACACGUUGAGCCAAAGAACAGUUACAAUUUUAAAAAUGGAACUUUAAAAAGGUUGAGAAACUGUUUUUUUUUUUUGUUUGUUUGUUUUUGGUGCAGGGGAUCUUUGUGAAUGCACAAUUUUCUGUUAAUGUUCAGUGUUGUAUUUUUCACUUUUAAACAGCACUAUGUUUACAGUAGCAGCAAAUGAACCAAGAUAAACACACCAUGUUUUCCUGUGAAAGAACAGCUGUUACAUUGUUCUAUUUCAGACACUUUCCCUCACACCUUCCUUCCUGUAGAUGUUCUUGUGCUUUUUUGUUGAUUUGCUGCAGUGUUAAGAAAUAAAAAUGAAGGCAUGUG